CCGACGCAGUCUUCUAAAGCGUUCACUUGUCACUACAAAGCUCACCACUUCGUGUUUCGUUGUGCCGCCAGUUUGCCAAAUUUUGCCAAAAUGGAAAAAAUCGAAAACGUUAUCGACUAUUCUUAUUUUAUCAACACCCAUGCCUCAAGACGUAGACCUGCACUAACCAGAGAGUUGACUAAACGUCAAUACAAUGCCCCCAAAGAAUCCAUAUCUCUUGCUGAAGGAAUGCCUAACGAACUGACAUUCCCAAUUGCUGGACUCAACGUUGUACUCAAGGAUGGAACCUCAUUUAACCUUCAAGGACCCACCUUGAAUGCCGGUCUUCAGUACAUCCCUAGCCAAGGUUACCCUCCACUAAUCCAAACGCUGAAAACAUUCACCCAACAAAUUCACCAACCUCCAAGAUGGGAAACCACCGACAUUAUUAUUACUAACGGAUCACAGGAUGGAUUAAGCAAAUCUUUGGAAAUGAUAAUCGAGGAGGGUGACAGUGUCCUGGUUCAAAACCCUCUGUACACUGGAACUGAAAUUAUUCUAAAACCGUUCAAAGUUAACGUUCUUGGUGUGCCACAAGACCACCACGGAAUCAUCCCACAAAAACUUGUGGACAUCUUAGAAAACUGCAAAGCCAACUACACGGAAGAAGGUGGAGGGAAAAUGCCAAAAUGCAUAUAUAUCAAUCCGACGGCAUCGAAUCCAACCGGCGUCACUAUGCCACUGGAACGUAGAAAAGAAAUAUACCAAAUCUGCUGCAAAUACAAUUUGAUCAUUCUGGAAGAUGAUGCCUACUAUUUUCUGCAUUUCCUCGAUGAACAGCCCGUUUCAUUCCUCUCUUUGGACACCGAAGGCAGAGUAAUCAGAUUCGACUCCUUCUCCAAAGUGAUUACAUCAGGAUUACGUGUGGGAUGGCUUACCGGACCAAAGCAACUAGUACAAACUAUUGAGCUUCAUAUCCAAAGUUCCUAUUUACACUCAAGUUCCUUAUCUCAGGUAUUAAUUGAUAAUUUGCUUAAGAAUUGGGGCUUCGAAAAGCUCUUCCAGCACUUCGAUUACGUCAGAUCAUAUUACAAAGCUCGUCGCGAUUGCACUUUGAGCUCGAUGGAAAGACACCUCAAAGGUUUGGCAGAUUGGACCAUACCGACUGGAGGCAUGUUCGUGUGGAUCAAAGUGCGCGGAGUGUCCGACGUCUACGAAAUGCUGAUGACCAGAGGACUGAAAAAGAAUAUUACAUUUGUACCUGGCCAUGCGUUCAUGGCAGACCCGACUGAAGCCUGCAAUUACAUUCGAGCUUCCUUCAGCAAAUCGAGCCCCAAGCAAAUCGACAAGGCCAUGAGGUUGCUGGCCGAAUUGAUAAGGGAGGAGCAGCUUUUGUUGCGUAGGAAGCUAGAAAAUUGUACUUAAAAGGCACUUCUAUGAGCUAAAUAUGUGUAUAUAUGCCACGAAAAGGCUAAUCAUUGCAUGUUAGGUCUAGAGUUUUAGCUCUCUACCAUGUUGAUGACACUGGUUCUCCCGUUUGCAGAGGAGCACUAAUGUUAUAAAAUGGAAUUAAAAUUAGUUUUUACAACGACAAAAUACUAAUAUUAUUUUAUGGUUUUAUUAUUACAAUUAGGUAAAUAAAUAUGAAAUAAGAAAUGUUGAUAAUAAUAAAAAUUGUAUAUCCA